AUUUAUUUUUUGGCUAUUUUCCGACAACGAAAUCCGUUAGAAUCUCCCAGCUGGCAACACUUGGCUUACAGCGAUUUAAAUCCCGUGGUAAAUAUUGCAGUAUCAUACAGCGGGUAUUAGGAAUUAUUUGUUGGUUUCCAUCGGGUUUUUAAGAAAUGUCUUCGUAUUUCGACGAACACAACUGCGAGUUUGGAGAGACGCCCAAUAAUUUCCUUCAUUUGGUGAGAUUAUUAUUGGACUCUGGACUGGCUGCCGAAUUCCAGAUUGAAUAUGAACAGCUCUUUGGUGAUGGCAGAUCUCAUCCUCCGGCAUCAAAAUCUUUUGUGGAGAAACUUAAAACGAUUACAGAUUUCCCAAAAGUAGACAGACAAUGCCCCGUGUGCAUGAAGGAGUUUGAAGAAGGUGACAUAGGAAAGCAGUUACCUUGUCAACAUUUAUUCCACGCAUCCUGCAUAUCACCUUGGCUCAAUAUUACCAACACGUGUCCGGUGUGUAGAGACGAACUACCUACAGAUGAUCCCGAUUAUGAAGAGUACAGAAAACAACAGGAGAGAAUUAAACAAAGAAAAGCGGAUUUAGAAACCCUGCACGAUUCAAUGUUCGGUUAAAUACAACUUAAGGCGUCAACAAAAGAUUUAUUGCUAAAAUGUCAUAGUUGCCAUUAUGUACAACGGGGCCUGUGUGAACAACAAACUGACGACGAGGGACCACGAGGCAACAAAAAA